CUCCUCUGCUACAGUGGCCUGUUGCAAUCUAAUCUCACUAAAAUUUGUUGAGCCAUUUUCAUUUGGAAGUGAUUAUAUGAGAAUUAUGAAGUUGAAAAUCGUCAUGCGGAUUGAAUUUUCGCCAAAGGUUCUAUGAAUCGGCUGCCCCACUAAACCCCCACGAGCUUCCGUCUUGAUUCAGCCAUGGCGGAAAUCUCAGAGCUUUCGAGACCUUCACAAGUCGACUCUGGAUCGGCGGAUGCACGAUUCGCUUUCGACCCCAAAACCAUGCGCAAAACUAAGCCUGGAUUCAAGCGUCUAAUUCUUACCAUCUCCGUCCUAGCCUCUUUCCUCUUAGGCCUUCCAUUUCUAUGGAAAUCCGUAGAAAUCUACCGUGCACCGCUUCCGUUCAGGGACAUAGAUUCCCUAUCUUCUCAAAUAGAAUCAACACCGUUGCAAUUUCCCUGUAGUUUCAGGGUAAUUUUUGUUGGAUUCGAUUCCAUGGGUGUGUCCGCAGAGCGGCUAAAAUCAUCUAUUCUCGAUGAAAUGACUGAAUUGUCCUCGAAAUCUUCAGUUUGUGGCAGUUGCGGCAACAACUACGCCGUCUCUGUAGUUAUAGGAUCGGGUUCCGACUGCUUGCGGACAGACACUGACGAAUCCUCUUGUUCGUGGCGAUGUGGAGCUCUCAGUGCUUCUGAUUUUGCUGUUUCUUUGGAUAAAAAUGAUGAUGAUGAUGCCGACAAUUUCUUGGAGCUUGCUCUGGAGGGUUGUUCGAGUUCAGCUUCUGGUGGGAGAGUCUAUAGUGUAGUGGUGAUGAACAGGGACGAGAAUGUGGAGGUCACCAUUGGAAAAUAUCGCCAUGCUUGGAUUGUUGGGAGGAUUUCAGAGGCGGAAGCAGUAUCGAAAGUAGCAGAAAUUUUUGUGAAGUUGUUUGGUAAUGGUGGAAGGGAGGAGGGAUUAAUUCCUGGGGAGUUUAUGCCUGUUGGUGCUGAUGGAAAGAUUUUUCUUUCUUUUAAUUUGUUGAAUGCAGAUCCAGAUGAUUGGAUAUAUGACUGGGAUUUUCAGACAGUAGAUGAAGUUCUAUUGAAACCUUUAAUUGAGGAAUUAGCACCUGUAGCAAAUAUCUCUGUGGAGAGUCAGGUUUUAUAUCAUACGCCAACAGCCUCCUUUUCUUACUGGGACGAUAAGCAGGAAAGCUAUAUCUUCAAUACUAAAGAUCUUCCAUUCUUUGUGAAUUCAAAUGAGUGGCAUUUGGAUACUUCAAUUGCCGCAGGCGGGAGGUCAAAGAUAUUGCAUUUUGUGGUAUAUGUACCAUCAGCAAGGGAGUGCCCCCUUCUUUUACAGCUUCCUGAUAGCCAGAUUUCAGAAACAAAUGGGUUUAUAUCUCCUAUGUGGGGAGGCGUAAUUGUUUGGAAUCCUAAAGGCUGCCUGGGAGACCCAAGUAAGCAACUCCAUAGGCAUAUGAUUUCUUAUCCGGAUUUGGAGAAAAUUGUUGAAGUUUUCCUGGGGCAGUUUCGGCAACUUUUUGGUCUGAAGUCCAAUCCACAACAUGUUGGUCUAUCGGGCACAUUCAACAUUUUAACUAGCAAGAAAGGCUUUACAGAAUGGGAAAUGGAUUUUCUGUCAAGGCAGCAUUCAUGUUUUAAUCUUCAUUCAUGUGCUUCAUCCCUUGGAUCUCUUUCUAGAUUGGUUCAAUCACUGCCGAGGAUGAUUAUCAUGGAUGAGAUUGGAAAACAGGUAAAAUAUUCUCUUGAGGCUGCAAACUUAGCCCAACGAAAUGCCUCUCUGGGAAUUUUUGAUGCUGCAGCUAUCUCUUCCAGGCAAGCACGAUCACUGGCAGAGGAUGCAUUUUUUCACCCAUCAAUAAUGUCAGUCAGCUAUUAUUCAUUUGAGCACUGCUUUGCUGUCUACUCGCCUUUCUUCUUGCCAGUUGCUUUGCAUGUGAUUUUAGCUGCACUGAGAGAAUGGAAGAGAUACAAGCAGGAACAGAAGAAGUACUUGACUUUUGUGGCAAAAUCAAAGCAAAACUAGCAAGCAGUUUUAUCAUGGUGAUUUUAGGUUGGUUUAGUCACUUAUUUCUUCUUUUAUUUAGUUUUCCUUGUAAUUUAAGGAUGCUUCUCAGUGAUGUAUUGUAUAAUGAUUUCUCUGAUUGUGUUAGUUUAGGGAUGCAAACAAGUAGAUAUUGUUAAUAUUCUUCAAUGGCAUUUCAUAGUUUUUUCUGUUUAAUGCCAAUGUUGAUAUUCUAUAA